UUUACCGGCAUUACCACCGCAACUAAUUCAUUAAAAAUGCAAUUGAACGUACCGUUCGAAUACGAAUCCGAAACCAAGGACUUCGACUUUGAAAAAUAUUACUAUUAUUUUAUAAAAACCAAUCCAAACGUUUGUUAUGGGGAUAAAGAUGCUUUACAGCUUAUUAAAAAAUACGCUGUAAAAAGCAAAUACGAGUAUCUUCAUCCAUCAUCGUUUGAUUCUAGUAGUCAUUACGUUCGCGCCUUAAAAGACGAU